GUCAGACCUGCUCGUUAGAAGGGUGCCAAUACUUUUGUCCAUGUAGUGUGUGUAGAAGUCAGCCGUUUGAGCUGUGCUCCCCGCAGGAGAGGCGAUGCAGGAGGCGCUGGGAGUCCGUGAGGAGGAGAAAACUGCGGGAAAACUGGAAGAAAAGGAGCCAGAAAGAAGCGAGGAGAUGCAUGAAGAUGCUACAGCAGAGGACGACACAAAAGCGGAGGAGGACGGAGAGAUGAGCGGAGACUGGGAGAUCCCGUACAGUGACGAGGAGAUGGAGGAGCCCAGGAGCUGGAUGCCUCCGCCCCACGAGAUCAAGCGGCUCUACCAGAUCCUGGCUAAAGGAGAACCGCUGGAGCUGAAGUGGGAGCCGCUUCCACGCCGACCUCCGACCCCUGCACGCACGCCCUCGCCUGAGAGAGACGGAGACGCCUCGCAGGAGCCGCAGGAGGACCAGCGCAAGGCUCUCAGUCCAACUGAAUUUGAUUUCGACGAGGAACAGACGACGACUCCCAAGAACUCUUUUCUGAGCCGCCGCAGGACUCCAGGAUCCUCGGCUCGCUCCGCGGUCAGGCGCGAGGCCCGGCUGGACAAGGUGCUGGCGGACAUGAAGCGGCACAGGAGGAUGGGGGAGCAGAUUCUGCGGCCGGGGCGAGAUCCGUUCAAGAGCGCUGGCGCGGAGAAGCCCUCAUCACCCGAGAGCCAGCGCGAGCGAGACCGGGACCCCAGCACCGUCUUCAGUCCCCGGCAGAGGAGAUACUGACCAGCACACCCCAAAUCAUCACUGUUCAUUUCACAUCAGACACUGAUAUACUGAUGCCCUCUUUUUUAUUCCGGUGUUUUUCUAUGUGAAUAAAUAAGUGUAUUGUCUAGCUGCUGGUUCCUGCUGUUUUAUAAAUGAUACUAAGCUCUUCAGAAUUGUAGGAAAAGUUUCAUGUGAUUAUAAUAAAACCAACUGAACCCUAAAAGGGGCGAUGUAUCCUGGGGGAGCUGU